UUCACUGGCAGUGGUGUGUUGCUGUUGGCUCGUAAACAUGGCUACCGCCGCUGGAGAAGACCUCAGGAGAGAGCUCUCGUGUGCGAUUUGUUUGGACUUCUUCAAAGACCCCGUUAUCCUGAAAUGUGGCCAUAAUUUCUGUCGCUUUUGCAUCUGCAUGCACUGGGAUGAAAAUGGCGGAGAAUACGGCUACCAGUGCCCUCAAUGCCGAACGGUGUUUAACAAGAGGAGCUUCACGAAGAACUACCUGGUGCAGAACCUGGUGGACAAGCUCGACCACCUGGACUGCCUGGGCUCUUGUCCCACGCCCUCCAAGCCGGUGAAAGUGGACGGGAAGUGCGAGCAGCAUGGCGAGGAGCUGAAGCUGUACUGCCGGACCGAUAAGAGGCCCAUCUGCGUGGUCUGCAGGGAGUCUCGAGCUCACAGGCACCACGAGGUGGCGCCUGUGCCAGAAGUUGUGAAUGACAUGAAGAUGGAGUUGAAACUGAGGCUGAUGGAGCUCAACUGGCAGAAGUCUCAAUGUGUCAAAGUCAGAACGGCUGAUGAGCGAACCAGGACCGAAGCCAGGUUGAAGAAACAGCGGCUGAAGGACAAGAUCGAGGCCGACGUCGGCGCCUUGGUCCAAUUCUUGCUCGACGAGAGAGACUCCCUGCUCGAGAGCCUGGAUUCUGAGGACGUGUCCGCCGUGGCCGUAAUCGACGACAACCUGAAGGUCGUGGCGACCGAGCUGGCGGCUGUGGACAAAGCCAUCGCGGAGAUCCACGGACACAUCAACGGGAAAACCAACUUUGAGAGUCUUGCCGAGACAUACGAGAAAGUCCUCCACUGCAAACCGUUUCCCGCUCUGGACGCGGUGAACUGUCCGGCUGAAUUCACCGACUUCUCGGCCCCCUUCCAGCUCAUCAUGUGGAAGAAGAUGAUGCACGUGUUGCACACCAUGCCUCAGAACCUCACGCUGGACCCGGACACGUGCCACCCGUACCUGUGCAUCUCGGACUUUGACACCAAAGUGGAGGAGGGCUACGUCCGGCACCAGGAGCCGGACCUGCCGGCCCGCUUCACCCGCUUCUGCGGCAUCCUGGCCACGGCCCAGUACGCCAGCGGCCAGCACUACUGGGAGGUGGACGUGAAGGACAAAGGCGUGUGGUACCUCGGGGUCACCACGGAGAGCAGCAACCGGAAGGGCUUCGUCAGCCUCACGCCCUCCUCGGGCUACUGGAGCCUGUGCCUGCAGGACCGGCUGUACGCCAACGGCGACUACGGGCGCAUCCCCGUCGCCGACUACUGGAACUCGCCGCGGGUCGGCGUGUUCCUGGACUACGACAACGGGCGCCUCAGUUUCUACGACGCCGUCACCAUGAAGCGGUUGUACGUGUUCGACGCGUGCUACUUCGACGAGCCCGUCUACCCGUUCUUCAGCCCCGGGAAGAACGACCCGGGCAGCCGGCUGCAGAUAUGCCACUAUUACUGAGCGGGGCGUUGCACCGAGAAACAUCCGACACCGUUUUCAGAUUUGCUGCUAGCAACGCUUUAAAAAAAAUAAAUACAAAUCUCAGACCAGGCUGCGGUGACGGUGUUGAUCCCAGGUCACACGUCAAAAAGCUCCUUUCCUCCGACUCGCACCGUGGGUCCGUGUUUUGUUUACGGUCCCGUCGAUUCGACUCAUUUGUUUUGCCAUGCGGGGUCAGUGCUGUCGCUUUGUUUGGUCGAAUUGGACGAGCAGAUGACAUUGUUAUGACAUUGUUAUCACAUUGAUAGUUGUUGGCUGUUCAGAUCCCCUCAGUGAUUCUAGACUGACAGUGAAGUCGGGAGUUCGGCUCCCAGACGAUGAUUUGACUUCAAGGAAGGAACGACUCGUGUACAGACGCUUUUUAUCAUUCGCCUUUCUUUUCUUUUUUUUAAUCGCCUUAUUGUAUGCUUUUAAAAAUUCUAUAAAUUUGUUACCAUUGCUUGCCAAUUUCUCUUUUAUAUUUCCUCUAUAUGAAUUUUGCUGCUUUUUUCUUCUUCUUUUUUAGCAGACAUGGUUUAUUUUUUAGAGGCAUUUAAAUAAAUCUGUUUGCGUAAAAGUGAUUUUUAAAUGGUAAAUUAUUGGGAUUUAGAGCCAUGUCUUCAGCUAUGCUGUCACUUAAUGGCCAAGAGACGCGACUCGACCUAAAUGUCAACUUUUAUCACAUGUUCACGUUUUUUUGUUCUCAAAAAUUACCUGCUGCAAGUCUUUUAUUAUAUUCCUUUUAAAUUCAAGAAGUAGAGUUGUGCUUGUUGGUCUUGACGUUUUACGGUUGGUUAUCCAACUCGGUCCAGUGUCAUUUCUACUUUUCGUUAUCGGUGUCCACUUUGAAAAUCCGUGUAUCUUGCCAAUAUCAUUAUUUUCCUUUUUUAAACACGGUUUUAUUUGGAAUUCGGUUUAUUCUUCGCUUUUGAGGUUAGAGGCUUAAACGUGAGGUUUUCCAUCCCAUUUGUGCUGCCGGUUCCUUUUUAAAUUAAUUUUUUUAACAAAUGAUAUUAUUGAGCAGCGACUUAUAAACCGUAACGACAUGUCCAUCAUAUUUGAGAUCGGCUUUGCCUUCAGCCGAUCUCAAGAUGCUCCUUUGUCUUAUUUCCAGGUCUUUAUGCUGGUGGGAUUGCAAACUGCUUUCAUUUUCAGUAUUUGAUAAAUGUCUGGUCUACAUAUAAAUACUUUUAAUUUUUUAUUCAUGUAUUCAUUAUUAAGUGUGAAAUAAAAUAAAAACUUAUCUUUCACCUUC